CAAGGGUUCUCCUGGCCAUUCCCCGCCCCCGAAAAGGGCUGGGAGCGCAUCUGAGUUUUCUCUCGUGUCCGAUCCGGUUCCUCUUCCCUCUGAGCCUUAAGAUAUAUAAGUGGGAAAUCUUUCCUGGGUCCCUUGAGUCCAGUGUAUUUUGUGGGGAAAGAGAGCUGAAUGGCCUUUAGGUGAUUUGGCCAGACCUCUUCUGAUUAGAAUACUUGGGGAGAUCCAUCUGAAUUAGAGACCAAAAAGAAGAUGGAGGGACAAAGCCCAGCAGAUGCAGGAGUUGGAGAAGGCCGUCCAGCUACUCAGCCAUGGAGCUAUAGGAAGAACGGGGCAGGUUCUGGGCAGAAGAGCCAAGAAGGGGAAGUCAACAAUUCAGAGAUCCAAUCCUGUGACUUCAGAAAAGUGCACUUUCAGGAGGGGAAGAGUCCCCGAGAUGUUUGCAGCCAGCUUCACCGCCUUUGUUGUCAAUGGCUGCAGCCGGAAAGACACACCAAGGAUCAGAUACUGGACUUGGUGCUCCUGGAGCAAUUCCUGGCUGUCCUUCCCCCAGAGAUGGAGAAAUGGGUGCGGGAGUGUGGAGCGGAGACCAGUUCCCAGGCCGUGGCCCUGGCUGAAGGCUUCUUGAUGACCCAGGAGGAGGAAAAGAUGCAAGAAGAAUUGCAGAAAUCCUUGGACGCUAUGACUGAGUGUCCCAAGGGGAGGAAAGAUUCAUUCAGGUCUUCUCAAGAGCUGCUCUUCAGAGAGACCUUACACGAAGAUCAAAGCCGCGAUACCAAGCCAGAGAGUAGAAAGCUGUCCUUGAUAAUUUUAGAAUCUCCUCCUCUUUGUGGUGGGGCUGAAGGAUUGGCUCAACCACUACUUCAGGGUGUUGUGUCUUUUGAGGACGUGGCUGUGUAUUUCUCCAAGGAGGAGUGGUCUCAGUUGGAUCCUUCCCAAAAAGCUCUCCAUGGGGAAGUCAUGCUGGAGAAUUCCAGGAAUCUGUCUUCUCUGGGCUUUAAUGGGCAAGAGAAGAAGAAUUGCAAUGAGGAAUGCCAAGCCUUCUAUCUGAAAAAGGAAAAGAGGAAAUUUGCAGAUCAGAUGCAUUCAAAGAGUGAUGAAACAAAGCAAUCACAAAGUGGAAUUAAAAAAGGCUUUCCUCGGGUCAGUUGGCUUCCUAACUGUAGAAACAUCGAUAUGGGAGAAAAACCAUAUCAAUGCAUGGAGUCUGGAAAGAGCUUUAAUAAAUCCGAUCAUCUUAUUUCUCAAGAAAAGACACAUUCAGACAGGAAAUCAUAUACCUGCAGGGUGUGUGGAAAGACCUUCUGUAAUAAUGUCUCUCUUAGAACUCACGAAAGGAAUCACAAAGGAGAACAACUUUACAAAUGCAUGGAGUGUGGGAAGAACUUUAUUAAUAUAAGACAUCAAAGAAAUCACAAAGGAGAAAGACCUUAUAAAUGCAUGGAUUGUGGAGGGACCUUUACUUGUAGCAUUAAUCUUAAUUCUCACAAGAGGAUCCACACAGGAGAGAAACCAUAUCAAUGCAUGGACUGUGGAAAGACCUUUUCUUGUACCAGUGAUCUAAAUUCCCAUAAGAGGAAUCACAUGGAAGAGAAGCCAUUUCAAUGGGUGGAAUGUGGAAAGGGCUUUAAGUGGAAUUCUGCUCUUACCUCCCACAAAAUGAUCCACACAGGCGAGAAGCCAUAUCAAUGUAUGGAAUGUGGAAAGACCUUUACUCGUAGCAGUCUUCUUAAUUCCCACAAGAGGAUCCACACAGGAGAGAAGCCAUAUAAAUGCAUGGAGUGUGGAAAGACCUUUACUUUUAGCAGUAGUCUUAAUUACCACAAGGGGAUCCACACAGGAGAGAAGCCAUAUAAAUGCUUGGACUGUGGAAAGACCUUUACUCGUAGCAGUAAUCUUAAUUCCCACAAGAGGAUCCAUACAGGAGAGAAGCCAUAUAAAUGCAUGGAGUGUGGAAAGACCUUUACUUUUAGCAGUCAUCUUAAUUCCCACAAGAGGAUCCACACAGGAGAGAAGCCAUAUAAAUGCAUGGAGUGUGGAAAGACUUUUACUCGUAUCAGUCGUCUUAAUUGCCACAAGAGGAUCCACACAGGAGAGAAGCCAUAUAAAUGCAUUGAAUGUGGAAAGACCUUUAUUUGUAGCAGUAGUCUUAAUUCCCACAAGAGGAUCCACACAGGAGAGAAGCCAUAUAAAUGCAUGGAAUGUGGAAAGACCUUUACUCGUAGCAGUCUUCUUAAUUUCCACAAGAGGAUCCACACAGGAGAGAAGCCAUAUAAAUGCAUGGAGUGUGGAAAGACUUUUACUCGUAUCAGUCGUCUUAAUUGCCACAAGAGGAUCCACACAGGAGAGAAGCCAUAUAAAUGCAUGGAGUGUGGAAAGACCUUUACAUUUAGCAGUAGUCUUAAUUCCCAUAAGGGGAUCCACACAGGAGAGAAGCCAUAUAAAUGCUUGGAGUGUGGAAAGACCUUUACUCGUAGCAGUAAUCUUAAUUCCCACAAGAGGAUCCAUACAGGAGAGAAGCCAUAUAAAUGCAUGGAAUGUGGAGAGACCUUUACUUUUAUCAGUAGUCUUAAUUCCCACAAGGGGAUCCACACAGGAGAGAAGCCAUAUAAAUGCAUGGAGUGUGGAAAGACUUUUACUCGUAUCAGUCGUCUUAAUUGCCACAAGAGGAUCCACACAGGAGAGAAGCCAUAUAAAUGCAUGGAGUGUGGAAAGACCUUUACUUUUAGCAGUAGUCUUAAUUCCCACAAGGGGAUCCACACAGGAGAGAAGCCAUAUAAAUGCUUGGAGUGUGGAAAGACCUUUACUCGUAGCAAUAAUCUUAAUUCCCACAAGAGGAUCCAUACAGGAGAGAAGCCAUAUAAAUGCAUGGAGUGUGGAAAGACCUUUACUUGUAGCAAUAGUCUUAAUUCUCACAAGAGGAUCCACACAUGAGUGAAGCCAUUU